CUGACGUCACCCGCGCAAAGCGGGAACACAAAUUUGUUAGAGACGCAGCAGGAUAGAGCGGCGUUUGUCUGGCCCGCUCUCUAUCACCCCCGGAGGAAUAGGACCGCUGGACGGGAUACUAGGGAGUCAUGAGGCUGCAGUGUGAGGUGGAGGUGAUUAACCGGAUGCUGCCGACAUUCGGAAUGAGAAACAGAGGGAAGGGCACUCGGGCUGUGCUGUCUGUUGGGAGACAGGAGGAGAAAAAGGGGUCCGGCCAACGGGGGCCCAUCUACUUGAUGAUCUGCACCCUGAAGGACAAGGCCGGAUCCAGAUAUAAGCUACAAGAAAACAUCGAAAACUUGUUCUCCAAGUUUUUAAAUGAAGGAAAAGCAACAAUAAGGCUUAGAGAGCCAGCUGUGGAUAUCUGUCUCAGCAAGGCCGAUGUCUCUAAUCUAAAGAACUUCAUUUCCGCUGUGGGCUUGGCACAUCGAGGCACGGAUGCAAGCCCGGUGCCAUUGUCACGUCUGAUUCCUGCCAAAACCUCAGAAAUUGAAAAACCCAGAGCUAGGCUGAUCAUUACCUGCAAGAAAGAUUAUCCCCUCACAAAGACCUUCCCCUAUUCUUUGGAGCAUCUUCAGGUCUCUUUCUGCAAGCUGGCUCGGGUGGACAUGAGAAUGCUGUGCUUGAAGAGGCUUCAGAAACUUGACCUAAGCAACAACCAUAUUAAGAAACUUCCCAAGACAAUUGGCGACCUCGUGUGUCUCCAAGAAUUACAUCUUCAGAACAAUUUUCUAGAGACCUUCGAGGUGGAGCUGUGUAAUUCUACCCUCAGGAAUUCUCUGAAGGCAUUGGAUCUCAGCGAGAAUAAAUUGAAAGCGCUCCCGAUACAAUUCUGUAAUCUCCGGGAACUCGUAAGUCUCAAGCUCGAUAGCAAUGAACUUGUUCAGCUGCCUUUUGGCAUAGGGAAGCUGUCUAAACUGCGCUUUCUCUCAGCCACCAAAAACAAGCUUCCCUGUCUCCCGAACAGCUUCAGAAUGUUGGUGCUUGAGAAACUGGACUUUUUUGGCAAUCCAUUUGUAGGCGCAACUCCUAUGGUUCCCGACAUUCAGCUGAAAGUCCCUCUGAGCCUGCUGGAAACUGCUUCAAGGGCAACUAUUCGUUACAGAAUCCCAUAUGGACCGCAGCUCAUUCCCAAGCAUCUCUGCCAUGAUCUGUCUGUGGCUAAAACAUGUGACUGCGGAGGCCCAUGUCUGAGCUCCUUCAUCAAGACGAUUGUGUCGGUUAAUCUGCAUCAGGUGUCUCAGUCGGUGGUCCUGGUGGACUCCAUGGGGGGCACUGAAGCCCCCAUUGUCUGUUAUUUUUGUUCUCUCACCUGUUAUUCUCUCUUUCUGGAUAAAUACUUACAGAGCAUUAGGAUGUAAAACAAAGGCAGCGGGUGGCAUUUUGAACUUUUUCAGAAAUGACAAACUCCAUU